UUUUUUAAUCCACAGCUGCUACUAUUGGAGAGAAACGAAGAAAGCAGCUCGAAACCUUUAUCGGAUGCUCCUCCCCUUUGAGAAACUCGGUGGAUUCAAUGGGAUUCCUCCGGAGGAUCGCCAUAAUUUUCGGAUUCCUUAAGUACGCCGGAGAACACGAGGGUAAGGCUGUGCCUGCUGGCAGGAGUGUUUCGCGGCGGCCGGCGCAAGGAUUUGGCUUGCAGGUUCCCGUCGCCUCCAAAAAGCCCAGUGUCGGCCCCAUCGUCGUUCCAUGCAGUUUUGGCGAGGGUGGAGUUCAGGGUUUCAGCUGGUACUGUCGACAGCUAAGGGUUGAUGAUGAUGGCGAUGUGGCAGAUGAGUUCCUGGAUGAGGUUCUGUCACCUAUGAGCUCUGGCGAGCAGGACCAAGCCGCUCACUCCAGGUUUGAGGUCAAGUACGCAACCAAGCCAGCUCUGAUUAAAAGACAGGCCAUCACUGUUAAUGGCGAUGUGCAUCCUUGCAUGGAAUAUCAUGGCAUGCUUCGCUGGGUAUGAAAGCCAACUUGCCUCCAAUUUUUUUCUCUUUAAGAAACUGUAAAUAUACAAAGAAUGACAUACAAAGCAUCUCUUGGUAUUUGUAUGAACUGUCAUUUCAAAUUAAAAGCUUGUACAGACUCACUGUAAUGAAAGGAAACAGCUUUUCUGUUGAAUCUUCUGCAUUUGCCUUGUAAUUUUGCAUCUUCUUCUUUGAA